AUGGUUGAAUUGAAUCCACCUUCGACUAGUUUAGUUGUGGAAUUGUCAGUAAUUGAAUUAGUCAAAUCAGCUCAAUAUGAAGAAGCCCUGAGAGUAAUUCACUCAGAAAAUUUCGAAAUGACUCCUUUGUUAAUACAAAAUGAAGCAAAAUGUUAUCUAAAAACAAAUAAAGUUACAAAGGCACUAGAAAGUCUUAAAAGGGCAGAAGAAAAAGGAUGGCUUCUCCCUGAUAUUUUAAUGUUAAAAGGGCAAUGCUUAUAUAAAUUACAAGAAUGGGAAACAUCACUUAUAGCAUUCGAAGCUGCUGAUAAGAUAGCGUCUACGGCAGAGACAAAACAAUGGAUAACUCGCUGUCAAGCCCAUAUUGAAGUUGAAAAUUCACCAAACGCACCAAAUGUUUUCAAUUUUCAGCCACCGAUUAUAUCAGAUGUAAAGAAGGAAUGGUAUCAAAAUGCGCAAAUAGUUACAAUUCGAUUAUUCAUCAAAGAUGUUAAAGAAAAAGAAUUGAAAGUUAGCUUUUUACCAAAUUCUGUAAAUGUUUACAUUACUAGACAAAGACCAAUAUCAUAUCACUUGAAUUUACCUCAUGAAAUCAAUACUUCAGAAAGUUACUUCGUCCUAAACAGUUCUUCCAUUGAAUUAAAGAUGGAGAAGGUACAACACAUCACAUGGGAAAACUGUGAAGUUUAA